AUGAAGUGUGUUCUUUUCUCCCCAUUACUCAUUGUUCUGAUAGCUUGUGCUCAUCGCUUCACGCCAAUCGAUGGAAAUAAAAUCGACACCAAAGAAAUCUCCGGCCACCAUACAUCAGUUCUAAGUAGUUGUGUUGUUAUUGAUUUCGGCACUUUCCCAACUUUGUAAACUUUCAGGUGAAGGAGUUGUUCGAAUUGGACAUCUUCAUCCAACAAAUCCAGUCAUUGCUCAUGAACCUGAAGUUCUACGAAUGUGUGCAGACGAUCUCAAAACACAUAGAAUAUUACCCGAAAAAUACAAAUUACAGUAUGUUUAUUGAUUUUCCAAGGAAUCUAUAGCUUUUCCACUUUCCAGAGUUUAUACAAUGGAAAGUUGUAAAAAAUUCUCCGGCGUCGAACAUGCUGCAUUUCUACAUUACAUGAAAAAUACCACAAUUUAUUUCGGACCUGGUUGUAAUAAUGGUGAGUUCAAAAAUAAUUUUGUAGAUCUUGGAAAAAAACAAAAUUCAGAAAUGUUGGUGAUUGGUCGACUAGCUCCACGUUGGAAUGUUCCAAUUAUUGCUCACAUGUCUGGCGAUGAUAUUUUAUCCGAUCGACACGAAUUUCCAACUUUGGGAUCGGUUGCAUUGACGUCGGCUAGUGAAAUGGCGAAAGCAACGGUCACUUUUCUCAAGUUGAAUAAUUGGGAUCAGGUAAGCCAGAUUGAGCACAAAGACUUCAAAAUCUCGAUUUCAUACACUGGAAAAUAUAGAAGAUUCCCAAAAAAAUAAAAAAUAUAUAUAAAGAAUCAGAUGAAGCUUGUUUCUGGCUCAAAUUCGUUGAAAAUCUAGAUCUUCUUUAAUUUUGAAUUCAGUUUCCCAAAAGAUACAUUCAAAAAUUAAAUGUUAAUAGAAAAUCAAACAAACAUCAAAUUAAAUUGUGUGUUCUUUAAACACUAAAAAAGUCACCCUACAAUUCGUGAUAACAUUUGAUAUGAACUCUGAUUGUUUUUUGAAACCCCAUAUUCCUAUUUUUUUGAUGAUUCACAAUUUUGAUGAUAGGGAUCAAAAAUUAUACGUACAUAAAUAGAUAUAUAGUAUAUUAUAAUAUUUUCCGGAAAUGAAUUCGUUAACAACGAUACAUCCGGAAAAGAUUAACGCUAUCAAAUUUUCAGAUAGGUAUUGUUCGAUCAAGCACUGGAUAUGAACGACUUUCAGUGCAUUCACUUCAACAUCAUAUCAAGAAAAAAGAUAUUGCGCUGAAUAUUGUUAUUGAUAUUGAACCAUAUUCAAGUCCAGAUGAUAUAAUAGCUUCUGGAAAAUUGGUCACUUUAGCAGCAAAUGCAAGAAGUAUGUUAACAUCAAUUAGAUAAAAAUUAAUUAACGUUCCUUAUUUAUAGUUGUGGUUGUUGAACUUGGUAUGGAUAUUCAUUCAGUUACAAAUUUCAUGAUUGCUGUUCAUCGCGCUGAUUUGAAAGAUGAAGAUUUCGUAUUCGUUAUCCCCUGGCUUUCCCACGAAAAUGAUCAUUAUCCAUGGGAAGCUGGAAAUGUUGACAAACAAGAAGUCAAAGCAGCAUUCGAGAACUCGAUUGUGAUCACCGCUCACGGAUAUGAUAAGAAAUUUUUUGAUGAUUUCCAGAAAAAGUUUAGUCAAGUCACAGGAAUAUUACCCAGUCAUGUAAGAUUGUUUAGUUCUAAGGUUAAGUUCGUAAAAUUCAAAUUGUUUAGUAUGCAACAUUAUCAUAUAUGUCACUUUAUGAUGCGUUGUUUUUGUAUGGUCUUGCAUUGAAAGAUGCAUUCAAUGUGGUUCGAGAUUAUAAUGUGCAUUUGAAUGGAUCGUUUUUAUGGACAAAAAUGACUAAUCGACAAUUUGAAGGUUUGUUUUUGAAGAGAGAUCUAUAUAUAAAUAAAUAAUCUCUAUCAGCUAAUCCUUGUAUAUAUAUCUAAUCCUUUUCAUUUCUAUCGUAAUUAUAAUUUUUUUUCCGAUUCUGAUAUAAAAAAUGGUUGCUAAGAAAAUGUGAGUUUCGAAAAACUUCAAGAAUGUAGCCGAAAAUGUGUUGUAUAGUACGAAAAAACAAAUCGAAUAUUUUUCCAGGAGCGACUGGCCAAGUUUUGAUGAACAACAAGGCUAUCCGUGUUCCUUCCUAUGCCACAUAUUAUGUUACCAAUGGAACGUUAAAGGUUUGAUUUCUAACAUGAGUAAUCUUCAUCCAUAAUUUUUUUCUCUUAUAGAUUGUUGUUGAAUUAGCCGCGAAAAAUAGUGAAUCCGGACAAUGUGAGAGAAAUGAAGAUAUGUGCUCUGAGCAUGUAGGUUUUCUUUUCUCCCUUCCCAAUUUUAUUUUCAAAUUUUUCAGAUUGCUCAUGAAUCAAUUCAAUAUUAUUGGUAUAAAAAUGACGGAAAUCUACCACCAGCAUUUCCGAGAUGUGGAUUUACUGGAUCUAAAUGCGAUUAUCGUCCGUACUUCUUUGCAAUUGGAUUUGUCAUAUUCCUUCUCACCAUUGGACCUUUGUCGUAUUUUAUUUAUUUGAAACAGAAAGAACGAUUAUUGUAUGAUAUGACAUGGAGAAUUCCAAGAGAAUCAGUCAAACUUCUUGAAGGAAAAUCAGUAAGUGUUCAGUUUCACAGAUAAACCUAAUAUGUUAUUGAUUACAGAAAUCAGAGCAUUCACUUGCUAGCAAAUCUCAAAGUUCGGGGAGUUUUUCCGGGAGUAUGAAUUCUAAACAAAAUGGAUUAAUUGCUGCUAAACAAGCUGUUACAAAUGGUGUAAAAUUGGCAAUAAAAGUAUGUUUGUUGUUUGUAAACUGAACAUUGUGUUUUAUAAAUCUAAUUGUUUAAAGAGAUACCAACAAGUUCGAAACCUGACAUUCCCGAAAUCUGAAUUAAGAAUGUUGAAGGAGUUGAAAAUUCUGGAAAAUGAGAAUCUCAAUAAGUUCUAUGGAAUCUCAUUCAAUCAACAGAAUGAGUUUAUUGUUAUGUGGAUUUUAUGUUCAAGAGGAAGUUUAGAAGAUAUUUUGUUCAAUGAUGAACUCAAACUUGGUAAAAAUUUCCAAGUUUCGUUCGCGAAAGAUGUUGUCAAGGUAAAAUUACUCAUCUUUUGAAUGAAUUUUCGAAAAAUGUAUUUUUAGGGUCUUGGUUAUCUCCACACCUCUCCAUUAGAAUAUCACGGAAUGCUUUGCCUUCAAAAUUGUUUGGUGGAUUCAAAUUGGACUGUGAAAUUGACUAAUUUUGCAACAGAUAAUAUCAUUGCUGAAAAAUUACAACAUAAUGAAAUUCGCCCAAUAAUUAAUCCAGAUUCAGAUUCUGCAGAUGAUUCUGUUGAUCCAUCUAAAGAUAUUGCCAGGAAAAGUGAGUUUGGUGGUAAUUAAAAAAAAUAUAUCAAGUUAUGGCUUUCAGAAUACCUUCAACAAGCUCCGGAAAUAAUUCGUGAAAUUGUUACCACCAAAACUUUGCCUCCUGGUUCUCAAGCAGCUGAUAUUUAUGCGCUCGGAAUGGUUUUGUACCAGAUUUUAUUCAGAGUUGAACCGUUUCAUGAGAGAAACAAAAGCAUCAAUAGUAUGUUUGAAAAAAUUUGUACAUAAAGAAAAAUUCCAUUAUUUUUUCCAGAACUUAUGGAAAUGUUAGCUAUGGCAAACGAUGAUGAUCAAUUGAUUCGUCCAGUUUUUCCAUCAUCAAAUCAAGCAGAAGGUUAUAACCUUCAACUUCUCUCGUGCUUGGAGGCUUGCUGGUUGGAGAUUCCAGAAAUGCGUCCACCGAUCAAAAAAGUUCGAACAAUGGUUAAUGCAAAUCUCAAAUCAACUGGAAAAGGUUCUCUAGUUGAUCAAAUGAUGAAAAUGAUGGAAGAAUAUACUGCAAAUCUUGAAAAUAUGGUUAGAGAUCGAACUGCGCUUUUGGAAGAAGCGCAAAAACAAGCAGAUCGUUUGUUGAAUAGUAUGCUUCCAAAGUGAGUUAGGAUAUUUGAUUCAGGUUUGGAAAACUAUUCAGGAACUUGCCAGUUUUGCGGUUCCCACUUACAGAAGCAUAGAUUUCCACAUACGAUUUGACAAAGUUUGUGCAAAUCUGUCGCAUCUGUAAGUGGUGAUUAGCAGCCCAUUAUUCUAAUUUUAUUAUUAUAUUUUUUUAUUGUGUUUGAAGCUUUCAAUAACAAAAAAAAUUUAUUUCAGAUCAAUUGCUGAAGAUUUGAAAGUAGGUAAAUCUGUGCUCCCACAACUCUAUAGUUGUGCCACUGUUUUGUUCUCGGAUAUUAGAGGUUUCACAAGAAUCUCCUCAACUUCAACACCGUUACAAGUUGUCACUUUUCUCAAUGAUAUGUUCAGCGGUUUUGAUGCAAUUAUUGCUAAACAUGAUGCAUAUAAGGUAUUUUUUACUGCAAAAUUGACAUUAAAAUUUAUGAGCAUCAUAAAAAAUAUAUAUAAUCCGAUUACAAAAAAAAAGAAUAAAUCACUUCCUUUUUCUAGGUUGAAACGAUUGGAGAUGCUUAUAUGAUUGUUUCUGGAGUUCCAAAUGAAAAUGGAAAUAAUCAUGUUCAAAAUAUUGCUGAUGUUGCUCUCAAAAUGCGCGCCUUCAUUUGCAAUUUCAAAUUGGCUCAUCGCCCUGAAGAAUUAAUGAUGGUUAGAAUAGGUUUCCACAGUGGACCAGUUGCUGCAGGAGUUGUUGGUCUAGCAGCUCCACGAUAUUGUCUCUUUGGAGAUACUGUCAAUAUGGCAAGUCGAAUGGAAAGUACUGGAGUUGCUAACAAGAUUCAAAUCUCUGAAAGUGCUUAUAAUCUUUUGCAUUGCUUCUUCCAACAAUUCCAACUUCUUGAAAGAGGAAAAAUUGAAGUUAAGGUACACUUUUUUUCAAAACUAUCAAUUUUCAUUUAUUUAAUAAUAUAUUCUUGUUCCAGGGAAAAGGUGAAUGCCUCACAUAUUAUUUGGAAGGAAGAAGUGGAAAAUGA